AUGUUCGACACUAUUACCAACCUGAUGGAAACAGCCAUCACAUUGCCUGAGGAUAUCUCGGAUGCAGAACGCGAUAAAAAGCUAAAUCCCAUCCAAACUCGCCUGGAAGACUGCCUUAGGGUGUGCUCUAAUGAAAUACCCGGUAUUCUUGACCGCAUCAACGAUUUCCUUGCAGAGGAUGGGCCCAGGUCUUUUUUCCGUCAGGCCGUCCUGAAGGCUUUUGAUAACACUGAUGAUUUCGUUAGCUAUCACGAAAAGAGCAAGACUUGGAUGCUGAGCUACUGGGUCGUGGUCGUCAAGGGAAUUUCUCUGCUGCAGAUGGCUUACGAUGCUCCGAACGUGGACUUUUUCGAAGGCGCACUUACAAUCCAACGCCAGAAGGAAAAGCUCAACAGGCAAGAGCAGACCUUCAGAGCAGCUGUUGGAGAAAAUACUGUCCGACUCAUUGAGUGGACUCUCUUGCGGCCUUCUACUCUCGUCACGCUCCUUACUGAUGAGGGGUUUGGAAUCGGACCAAAACCUCCAAGUUUCGACGACAUCACCUCGAUGUCUCUAUUCAUAGGGGCUGGUAUACCUGUCCAUCGAAGAUCAGAAGACCUAGAUACAGUCAAGAUGGCAUCGAUGUGGAAAAUGUCAUUCUCGAUGUGGAAAAUGUCAUUUGGGAGUGGAUUCGGUGCAGGUCUUAGACAUGCUGUCAGAUUCGUACACUACAGCUCUGGAAAGUGCAUGUCACAUGACGGGGCAGGUGUAUCGACGGUCAAAAAUGACGGGCAAUUUACCAGCCAUUCUGUUUCGUGGUUUAUAAAGCCUGUGUGUCGUGGUUCAGACCGAUAUACCAUCGGAGCUGCUAGAAACAUGUCCACGUUUGCCAAUGAUUUUGGCCUGUCUCUGGUCUGGCGCCUACCGAAGAGAUCUGAUGUCCGCAGAUCAUACUUAGUCGCAAGAAACAUGCUGCAGUUGGAAGAUUAUGUCAGUUCUACCGAUACUGGCGCAAGGUUCCAGAUCAAGGUCUAA